AUGAUGAGGAUGCUCAUGGCAACCCUCUCCAUCCCCAUUCGAUUCCACCCACCAGCCCCCAUCCCCGGCCACGGCUCUCGGCAAAGCGGCAAAGGCCACCCAGCGCCCGCACUGACGCCCGAGGCAGCGCGGGGAGCCUUGUCGGGUUCCUACGACGAGUCGGCAGCGGCCGCGGAGGAAACAACCGACAGCUUCUGGGAGGUGGGGAACUACAAGCGCACGGUGAAGAGGAUCGAUGAUGGGCACCGGCUCUGCAAUGACCUCAUGAACUGCGUGCACGAGAGAGCCAAGAUCGAGAAGUCCUACGCCCAGCAGCUCACCGACUGGUCCAAGCGGUGGAGGCAACUCAUCGAGAAAGGUCCCCAGUACGGCAGCCUGGAGAAGGCGUGGGGUGCCAUCAUGACGGAGGCGGACAAGGUGAGCGAGCUGCACCAGGAGGUGAAGAACAGCCUGCUGAAUGAUGACUUCGAGAAGGUGAAGAACUGGCAGAAGGAUGCCUACCACAAGCAGAUCAUGGGAGGCUUCAAGGAGGCCAAGGAGGCUGAGGAUGGCUUCCGGAAAGCCCAGAAGCCCUGGGCCAAGAAGCUCAAGGAGCUGGAGACAGCCAAGAAAGCCUACCACCUGGCAUGCAAGGAGGAGAAGCUGGCGAUGACCCGGGAAGCCAACAGCAAGGCGGAGCAGUCCAACACCCCCGAGCAGCAGAAGAAGCUCCAGGACAAAGUAGAAAAGUGCAAGCAAGACGUGCAAAAGACUCAGGAGAAGUACGAGAAGGUGCUGGAUGAGCUGAACAAGUGCACCCCGCAGUACAUCGAGAGCAUGGAGCAGGUCUUCGAGCAAUGCCAGCAGUUUGAGGAGAAGAGGCUCAACUUCCUCAAGGAAGUGCUCCUGGACAUCAAGAGGCACUUGAACCUGGCCGAGAGCAGCAGUUACGCCAAUGUUUACCGGGAGCUGGAGCAGACCAUCCGCCUCUCGGACGCGCAGGAGGAUGCUGGCCGCCCCGGCUGGGGGGGUGGCAGCCCCAUGGGGUGGCCGGGCGCUCAGGGACCAGUCGCUUUGUGCUUGCAGGAGUGGAACCCGGACCUGACGCACACAAUAACACGGAAGGAAAAGCAGAAGAAGGGCGAGGGGGUGACCCUGACCAACGCCAGCAGCACGGGCGAGACGGGGGCAUCGGCGGGCGAGCGCGGGAGCGUGAGCAGCCACGACCGUGGGCAGACCUACAGCGCCGAGUGGUCCGACGACGAAGGCAGCAACUCCUUCAACACCAGCGAGGCCAAUGGCGGCACCAACCCCUUCGACGAGGAGUCGGCAGGGAAGGGCGUGCGGGUGCGGGCUCUGUACGACUAUGACGGGCAGGAGCAGGACGAGCUCAGCUUCAAAGCAGGUGAUGAACUAACCAAACUUGGUGAAGAAGACGAGCAAGGAUGGUGCAAAGGGCGCUUGGACAACGGGCAGCUAGGUCUCUACCCUGCCAACUACGUGGAGGCAAUCUAAAUCUUGUGGUGUGCUCCUCGUCGCCGUCAGCAGAUAAAUCCACCCUCCGUUGUCUCCAUCUCUCCACCAGCCAACCAGCCAUUUUGCCGUCUGGUCCUUCACUCCUCACAGUUAGAGAUUCAGACAUAUUUUCCGACCAAGCUUUUAUUUUUUUAAGAGUUGUCUCCGAAGAGUAUUUUGCAUAGUCGCUUUCUUCUUCUUCUUCUUCUUCUAAGAUAACGUGAAGCGAAAGAUGACCUUGUCUGUUCGUCUACGUUAGUUGAUUUUUUUUCCGAGCG